UCACCACAGUCCACUGCAUUUUCUAACGGCGAGCAAGAUCUUCGAGGAAACCACAACAUGGCCAUGAUACCAACCACCUACAACGAAAAGGAUAAUAUCUGGAGCGGAGCCAAGCGCAACUCCAUCUACAACUAUGACACCUCCGUGGGCAAGAUCAUCUUCAACAACAUGAAGAACUGGCCCAAAAAUGUGUGCCAGAUAUGUGAUGUAGAUGGAGUGACUGUCACCUUCGAGCAGGGUCUCACCUGGUCCAUCCGGAUUGCGCAGUACCUCAAGAAGAGGGGUCUUAACCACAAGGAUGUCAUUGGCAUUGCAGCCAAAAACUCAACAUAUGUGAUGCCCCUUGGAGUGGCCUGUUUGAUGAAUGGCACUCCAUUCCAUUCGGUUAAUCCGGUGCUAGAUGAUGCAUCCUUGACGCAUGUGUUCUCGAUCACAAAGCCCACACUGAUAUUUUGUGAUGGACACGAGUACGAUAAAGUUCAUAAGGCUACGGUAGGAUGGCAUCCGGAAAUCUUUACAAUUACGGAUCAUGUGGAAGGAGUUCAGGGCAUCGAGACCUUGCUGGAUCCCACCACUACAGAAAAGAUGUAUCAACCGGAAGUGUUGAAGGAAGGAGGUGAUCAAACCGUAGCCAUCCUGUGCUCCUCUGGAACCACUGGUUUGCCCAAGGCCGUCUGCAUUUCCAACAGCAUUCUGAUCCAGGACAGCAUGUUGGUCACCAGUCAGUCGGUUAUCUAUGUAGGAAGUUGUUUGGACUGGAUCACGGGCUUGUGGGCCUUUGUGUUCAGCACCGUAUUCGGUUGCACCCGCAUUAUCAGCAAUAAAGCCUUUGCUCCUGAAAACUUUGUAGGACUGGUGAAGAAGUACAAGAUCAACUAUGCUGUGCUGCCGCCGCGUCAUCUGUCCGCACUGAUCACCUGUCCGGAUGCGAAGCCGGAUGCUCUGGCUCCCAUCACGCACCUCAACUACGGCGGAGGAUCGAUAUCGUUGGCCACCCUUCAGCGGUCGCAGGAACUCUGCAAGACAGCCAUGUUCAAUUCGGGAUACGGGAUGACAGAGGUGGGCGCCAUCACGAUCAAUAUCGGAAUCAGCAACGUCUCGUCGGCGGGCAGGCCUGUGCCGGGCAUUAAGAUCCGCAUCGUGGAUGAGGAUGGCAAGAGCUUGGGCUACAACCAGGUGGGAGAGAUCUAUGUGCACACGGGUCAGGCAUGGAACGGUUACUACGGUAAUCCCGUGGAGACUCGGCGCAUGCAGGACUUCGAGGGUUGGUUCCAUACCGGCGAUCUGGGCUACUUCGACGAGCAGAACUUCCUGUACAUAGUGGAUCGCAAGAAGGAGAUCCUCAAGUACAAUGGCCUCCACUACUGGCCCACGGAAAUCGAGACCGUUAUCGCGGAGCUCUCCCAGGUGCAGGAUGUCUGCGUGGUGGGAAUCUACGACGAGCGGGAGGGUGACGCCGCCGGUGCACUGGUCGUCAAGAGCAAGGGCGCCACCAUUUCUGCCAAGGAGAUCGUGGAGCACGUGGCCAAGCGAUUGCCCGCCACCCAGAAGCAGCUCAGAGCCGGUGUCCAGUUCACCGACAAACUGCCCGCCAAUGUCAAUGGCAAGACCAUGCGAAAGACGGCACGCGACGUGUUUGUCGCCCAGCGCGUAUCUGGAAAGUGAGGUGCAUGUUAUCCGCUCAUCAAGUAUAGUUUUAAUCAGAAGUGCCGAGAGGUACUUGAGACACUUACUAUAAGAGGAAAACAGCUCAAGCACCCUGUCUGCGAAGGGGUUCUCAACAGGGAGGUGUGACCUUUGGAUCCCAAUAAAUUGUAUAGUACCUGCAAAUGGUUAUAAUCCCCA